CUCUGGCUCUGCUGGACACACAUAAAUAUAACUCAUCUUCAUUCGCCAACUGAAGCAACGUUUUAGAGAGUGAGGGAGAUGGGAUCAGUGGAGAGAGAUAUAGAUGAUCUGCCCAAGAAUCCGGCCAACUACACCACGUUGACCCCACUCGGGUUUCUGGAGCGGGCUGCGCUGGUCCACCCGAUCCGCAAAUCUGUAAUCCAUGGCUCUGUAUCCUAUACAUGGCAGCAAACUUACCACCGCUGCCGCCGAUUGGCCUCCGCCCUCACAAACCGUUCCGUGGGCUUUGGGGACACGGUUGCUGUGAUUGCGCCAAACAUCCCAGCCUUGUAUGAAGCUCAUUUUGGAGUUCCAAUGUCUGGAGCUGUUUUAAAUGCUGUUAAUAUUCGUUUAAAUGCACAAACCAUUGCUUUUCUUUUAGGACACUCAAAAUCUUCUGUCAUAAUGGUGGACCAAGACUUUUACACUUUGGCAGAGGAGGCUUUGAACAUUUUAGCUGAAAAAAAUAAAGGAAAUUUUACGUCUCCACUUCUAAUUGUUAUUGCAGAUGAAAACUGUGACUCGAAAACUCUCCAAUAUGCUGUGGGACGAGGCGCGAUGGAAUAUGAAAAAUUUCUGGAGACCGGUGACCCAAAUUUUGCGUGGAAGCCACCACAGGAUGAGUGGCAUAGCAUUGCGUUGGGUUAUACUUCCGGUACCACAGCUAGCCCCAAGGGGGUGGUGCUGCACCAUCGUGGUGCACACCUCAUGGCUUUGAGUAAUGCCAUUAUUUGGGGAAUGCAGGAAGGGGCCGUGUACCUGUGGACUCUACCAAUGUUCCACUGUAAUGGUUGGUGCUUCACUUGGACACUUGCAGCACUUUGUGGUACAAGCAUAUGCCUUAGACAGGUGACGGCUAAGGGUGUAUACUCUGCUAUAGCUAACCUCAAUGUGACCCAUUUCUGCGCUGCUCCCGUGGUUCUCAACACCAUAGUUAAUGCCCCGAAAGACGAGACGAUCCUCCCUCUUCCUCGUGUAGUUCAUGUAAUGACAGCAGGUGCUGCUCCGCCCCCUUCUCUCCUUUUUGCAAUGUCCCAGCGGGGCUUUCGAGUUACACACACUUAUGGACUAUCUGAGACUUAUGGCCCUUCCACUAUAUGUGCAUGGAAGCCUGAGUGGGAUUCUCUUCCACCAGAAGCUCAAGCACGUAUGAAUUCACGCCAAGGUGUUCGAUAUGUGGCUCUGGAGGGCUUGGAUGUUGUUAACACACAAACCAUGGCACCUGUACCUGCUGAUGGAACCACAGUUGGAGAAAUUGUUUUCCGGGGCAAUGCUGUAAUGAAGGGCUACUUGAAGAACCCUAAAGCAAAUGAAGAAUCUUUUGCUGGUGGCUGGUUUCAUUCUGGAGAUCUUGGUGUUAAGCAUCCAGAUGGUUAUAUAGAAAUUAAAGAUCGAUCAAAGGAUAUAAUUAUAUCAGGAGGCGAAAACAUCAGUAGUGUCGAGGUUGAGAACAUUCUAUAUCAACACCCGGCAAUAUUUGAAGUUUCAGUGGUGGCCAGGCCAGAUGAGCAAUGGGGAGAAUCACCUUGUGCAUUUGUGACAUUAAAGCCUGGAGUGGAUACUUCUGAUCAACAACGCAUGGCAGAAGAUAUAAUGAAGUUCAGUCGAUCAAAGAUGCCUGCAUAUUGGGCUCCAAAAUCAGUGGUCUUUGGACCGUUGCCUAAAACUGCCACUGGGAAAAUACAGAAACAUAUAUUAAGGGCGAAGGCGAAGGAGAUGGGACCAGUGAAGAAGAGCAGAUUAUAAGAGCCACUACUGUAUGUAACUCUUAAUAAAUAUGUAAUUUUGGUAAAUCUUCUUUCCUUUAUAUUGUUCGUACAAACCUUGGUUGAAGAAUAUAUUUAAUAAAUAAAACGUACCAUCCUUGAAUUAUCUCAA